CCAAUGUUUAAUGCUUUGUGUGUUAUAACCAUGGUAUUCACUGUUAUAUCCAUGUUAUUCUCUGUUAUUGCUAUGUUAUGCAUCCACAAUGUCUUUAAAGCUUUUAUGACUCAAACAUGUCUCUCUUGUCUGUUUUUGUCUUUUUUGACAGCAGAAAAUGAAUGACACAUUCCCCCUAACCAGGAAGAAGAAGUGAAUGAGUGGGGAGAUCGUUGGAGAGGAGGAGAGGAGAGAAGAGAAGAAGAAGAGGGGGAGAGAGAGAGAGAGAGAGAGAGAGAGAGAGAGAGAGAGAGAGAGACUCUGAAGAGGGUAUAAACUAAAGGAGUGACAGGAGAGGUCUAAACUAAAGGAGUGACAGGAGAGGACACUUAUUGCAGACACCAUGUCUGUCUCCACCACCAAGCAGGAGAGAACCGUGUGUGUUCUGCUUCCCAAUAAAGAACAGCUGGACAUCACUGUGGGGGUAAGCAAUUCCCAUUAUGAUUCCUUCUGUUGAUUCUAUAUCCCAUGAGUCAGCCAGGGGGGUUUCAAUGGACGGCUUUUCAAUGGAAGGUUUUAGUCCUGUAGCAAGAGUAUUUCUAGUCCCGUACUAUAAACUAUAAGUUGUAUGUGAGAUCAAUGUUUAGGGAGAUCAGUUCUCUUUUUCUGUGUUUUUCUGUCAAUCACCCUGUUUAUAGCAGUCACCCUGUUACAAUCACCCUGUUUAUAGCAGUCACCCUGUUACAAUCACCCUGUUUAUAGCAGUCACCCUGUUACAAUCACCCUGUUUAUAGCAGUCACCCUGUUACAAUCACCCUGUUUAUAGCAGUCACCCUGUUACAAUCACCCUGUUUAUAGCAGUCACCCUGUUACAAUCACCCUGUUUAUAGCAGUCACCCUAUUACAAUCACCCUGUUUAUAGCAGUCACCCUGUUACAAUCACCCUGUUUAUACCAGUCCUCCUGUUACAAUCACCCUGUUUAUAACAGUCUUCUCUCUCUCCUCUCUCCCUCUCAGGUCAAGUCCUCAGGGCAGGAUGUGUUCAAUCAGGUGUCUGAGCUCCUUGGAAUAAAAGAGCUGCACUUCUUCGGCCUUACAGUGGUGAAGGGUAAAUUCUACUGUCUACCCAGGCCAAAACCAGCCCUAACCCAGGACCCAUAUUCAUAAAGUGUCUCAUAGUAGGAGUGAUGAUCUGAGAUCAGUUUAGCAUUAUAGAUCUUAGUAAGUUAGGUUACAUAGACAGGGGGGGACCUGAUCCUAGAUCAGCACUCCUACUCCGAGAAGCUUUAUGAAUGUGGACCCAGGCCUCUGAGACCUACCCUAACCCACCCCUUACCUUGCCAACCCUCCCACACAUCCACCCCAGAGUCUUUGAACCUGAAAUAAAUGUUUCUAGCGCGUUAGAUAACAAACAUUCAGAGGAUCACAAUGUAUUCUGAUUACACAGUUACAGUAGGCUUCAACGAGCUGAUGUCAUGCUCACUGUAUUCCUAAUGCAGUAUGUACACACACACACAUACUGUAUCACACACACACACACACACACACACACACACACACUACACUAUAGCAGACACACACACUACACAGUCACAAUCACCCCAGUCACAAUCACCCCAGUAACAAUCACCCCAGUAACAAACACCCCAGUCCUCGAGGUCCUUCUACUAGGAUUCUGUUUACAUAAUAGAACUGAACUGGGUUAGUUGCCAAAAACGGGGUAACGGCACAAUACGAUCAGAAGGGAAGGUUUUUAGUUGUGUGUUUCUGCAUUACUAAGACUGAGGUGUCUAAUCUUCUGGAACCUUUGGACAAACUCAAUUCAAAUGUUUUGUCAGUCUCUUUCUCACUCUCCUUCCUGUUCUCUCUCUUUCUCUCUUGGUUCUGCCAUGUUGAAAUGCCUUGAUAAUCUUGUGUGGCUCACCUCUUGAACAAGAGCUCUUUUGUUUUUGUGUGAGUGCCUGCGGCCGUGUGUAGUGUGUGGGGGCCAGCCACCUCUCUGGUCUGGGUCUGCCCACGAUUCCAACAAUAUUAACUUCAUUAAGCCAGGAAUGUGCCCCUGCAUUCCACCUCUUCACUGGAGGGAGGGAGGGAUGGAGGGAUCCAUGUAGGGAUGGAUGGAGAGAGGGAGGGAGGUAAAGGGAGGAUAAGAGCGGUUGAAGAAGAAGAGGUAGGGGGGGAGGAGAGGUGACAAGCUUAGGGAGUCUCGUUAAAACAAAACGAGUGAAAGGGAGGAGGAGAGAAGAGUUGAAAGAAACUGAGUCAGAGAAUGAGAAAGGGAUUUUAAUGAAAAGAGAGAUGGAUGGAGGAGUGUGUUGUGAGUGAGUCAUGUGGUGUGGUCAGAAAGGGAUGAGCCCGAAUAAAAUACUUAUGGUAGAAAAUAAACGGGAUUAAUGGAUAGGAAGAAGGGGAGAGAAGGAGCAGUUAGAGCAGUAAUAAAACCAGGAAAUGUAGGACAGGGGUGUACCAGAGACAGGACGUUUACAAACCCCAGUGGAAAUUUUUGAGAGAGGGGCUACGAGACUGGAGUUAACUCGGCCAUUGGAAACAUUAUGUUUGGCAGCAGGGUUCCAGCAGUAAAUGACUGUUAAUCCUGUGUGGCAUGUUAGUUGGAGCGGGGUGUACCAGAUCGACGAUUACAACCCCAGUGGAACUGUUAGGUUGGAGCAGGGGGUACCAGUAGCAGGAGUUCAAACCAGGGACUGUUGGUGGAGCGGGGCAAGUGGGACGUAAAACCAGUGAAGAGGGAAGGGGACAGAGACAGGAGUCAACCCAGUGGAACAUGUUAGGUUGGAGAGGGGCGAGCCAGAGCAGGAUGGUUCCCCGAGUGAACAUGUAGGUGAGGGGGCGUACAGAGACAGGACGUUACACCCUAGUGAACAUGUUAGGUGGAGCAGGGGGUACCAGAGACAGGAUGUAAAACGUGGAAAUGUAGGUGGAGAAAGGGGGUACCAAAGAAGGAGUUACAACCAGUGGAACAUGUUAGGUUGGAGCAGGGGCGUACCAGAGAAGGACGUUACAAACCCCAGUGGAACAUGUUAGGUUGGAGCAGGGGCGUACAGAGACAGGACGUUACAAACCCCAGUGGAACAUGUUAGGUUGGAGCAGGGGCGUACCAGAGACAGGACGUUACAAACCCCAGUGGAACAUGUUAGGUUGGAGCAGGGGCGUACCAGAGACAGGACGUUACAAACCCCAGUGGAAAUGUUAGGUUGGAGCAGGGGCGUACCAGAGACAGGACGUUACAAACCCCAGUGGAACAUGUUAGGUUGGAGCAGGGGGUACCAGAGACAGGACGUUACAAACCCCAGUGGAACAUGUUAGGUUGGAGCAGGGGCGUACCAGAGACAGGACGUUACAAACCCCAGUGGAACAUGUUAGGUUGGAGCAGGGGUGUACCAGAGACAGGACGUUACAAACCCCAGUGGAACAUGUUAGGUUGGAGCAGGGGCGUACCAGAGACAGGAGUUACAAACCCCAGUGGAACAUGUUAGGUUGGAGCAGGGGCGUACCAGAGACAGGACGUUACAAACCCCAGUGGAACAUGUUAGGUUGGAGCAGGGGCGUACCAGAGACAGGACGUUACAAACCCCAGUGGAACAUGUUAGGUUGGAGCAGGGGUGUACCAGAGACAGGACGUUACAAACCCCAGUGGAACAUGUUAGGUUGGAGCAGGGGCGUACCAGAGACAGGACGUUACAAACCCCAGUGGAACAUGUUAGGUUGGAGCAGGGGCGUACCAGAGACAGGACGUUACAAACCCCAGUGGAACAUGUUAGGUUGGAGCAGGGGCGUACCAGAGACAGGACGUUACAAACCCCAGUGGAACAUGUUAGGUUGGAGCAGGGGCGUACCAGAGACAGGACGUUACAAACCCCAGUGGAACAUGUUAGGUUGGAGCAGGGGCGUACCAGAGACAGGACGUUUACAAACCCCAGUGGAACAUGUUAGGUUGGAGCAGGGGCGUACCAAGAGACAGGACGUUACAAACCCCAGUGGAACAUGUUAGGUUGGAGCAGGGGCGUACCAGAGACAGGACGUUACAAACCCCAGUGGAACAUGUUAGGUUGGAGCAGGGGUGUACCAGAGACAGGACGUUACAAACCCCAGUGGAACAUGUUAGGUUGGAGCAGGGGUUUACCAGAGACAGUACAGUUACAACCCCAGUUGAACAGUUAGGUUGGAGCAGGGGUACCAGAGACAGGACGUUACAAACCCCAGUGGAACAUGUUAGGUUGGAGCAGGGGCGUACCAGAGACAGGAUGUUACAAACCCCCAGUGGAACAUGUUAGGUUGGAGCAGGGGCGUACCAGAGACAGGAUGUUACAAACCCCCAGUGGAACAUGUUAGGUUGGAGCAGGGGCGUACCAGAGACAGGAUGUUACAAACCCCAGUGGAACAUGUUAGGUUGGAGCAGGGGUGUACCAGAGACAGGAUGUUACAAACCCCAGUGGAACAUGUUAGGUUGGAGCAGGGGCGUACCAGAGACAGGACGUUACAAACCCCAGUGGAACAUGUUAGGUUGGAGCAGGGGUGUACCAGAGACAGGACGUUACAAACCCCAGUGGAACAUGUUAGGUUGGAGCAGGGGUGUACCAGAGACAGGACGUUACAAACCCCAGUGGAACAUGUUAGGUUGGAGCAGGGGUGUACCAGAGACAGGACGUUACAAACCCCAGUGGAACAUGUUAGGUUGGAGCAGGGGUGUACCAGAGACAGGACGUUACAAACCCCAGUGGAACAUGUUAGGUUGGAGCAGGGGCGUACCAGAGACAGGAUGUUACAAACCCCAGUGGAACAUGUUAGGUUGGAGCAGGGGCGUACCAGAGACAGGAUGUUACAAACCCCAGUGGAACAUGUUAGGUUGGAGCAGGGGCGUACCAGAGACAGGACGUUACAAACCCCAGUGGAACAUGUUAGGUUGGAGCAGGGGCGUACCAGAGACAGGACGUUACAAACCCCAGUGGAACAUGUUAGGUUGGAGCAGGGGCGUACCAGAGACAGGACGUUACAAACCCCAGUGGAACAUGUUAGGUUGGAGCAGGGGCGUACCAGAGACAGGACGUUACAAACCCCAGUGGAACAUGUUAGGUUGGAGCAGGGGCGUACCAGAGACAGGACGUUACAAACCCCAGUGGAACAUGUUAGGUUGGAGCAGGGGCGUACCAGAGACAGGACGUUACAAACCCCAGUGGAACAUGUUAGGUUGGAGCAGGGGCGUACCAGAGACAGGACGUUACAAACCCCAGUGGAUAUUUGACUGGUAAUUUGUAUCUAACACAUUGAUACAGCACCCCUUAUCACUUUCCUCACAGCUGCAACCAUCUUAUCAGCCCCACUGUUGAAAGAAAACACAUUGAGAUGAUUUGUGAUGAUAGAAGAUGAACUUCAUUUAGUUUAAUCUGUAAUCCUUGAGAACAAAGACCUAUUAGAAUGAGGAUUAAACACACACAAUGAUUCGUUAUUAACACUUCAUUUGAAGGGUAUGUAAAUAAGCACUUCAUAACACAUUCGUAAAGCAUACAUAACACAUUCAUAAGAAGUACAUAAGCGUUUCAUAAAUGUACUUGGUUUUUGUAGUCUGGUUUACUCUGCAGGCCUAGCCAGCCAACAGUCAAUACUGUUACUUUCUUCCUGAGCUGGUAUGCUAUGCUAGCAGAGCCUAUAAGCAAACAGGCGUAUUAGCAUUAGCAUAGCUGUCAACACAACAGUUGUGCCGUUUGCCUGCUGGUUGCUUUGACCACACCAAUGGAAGAACAAGUGUUUUUGUCUUUCAUUCUUUUCUCUAAUUAAUGUCAUUGUUAGGUAGAUUUUACGCAUUCAUUCAUUAUUCUUUUGUUUGGUGACUGAGGGUGUCAUGUUUCCUGUUUUACCUCAGACAAUGAGCACAUCUUUCUGGACAUGGAAGAUAAGCUGACCAAGUAUUUCCCUAAGGAAUGGAAGCAAGAUUCAGGGAAGGUAAGAGUGCUACAAUAAUCUACUUAUUGAUGUAUUAUAGCAUGGCAUGAAUCAGAACACACACACACCUCCCACGUUAACCAAGCAGCUCACUGCAGCCCACUGCCCUACAUAGUAUCUAGCUGGGUAUUGUUCUUAACAUGACAACUAGUGCAUACCAUGCCUUUACAUUGCAUUACCAGGCCCGUUCAUUCACCCAUGGUUGUGUUGUGUCCCAACUUGAUAGUAUGAUAAAGAUGUCCAGCACUUGCAUCACUGUGUUGUGUUUCACCAUGGUUGUGUUGUUUCACCAUGGUUGUGUUGUUUCAUCAUGGUUGUGUUUCAUCAUGGUUGUGUUGUGUUUCACCAUGGUUGUGUUGUUUCAUCAUGGUUGUGUUUCAUCAUGGUUGUGUUGUGUUUCACCAUGGUUGUGUUGUUUCAUCAUGGUUGCGUUUCAUCAUGGUUGUGUUGUGUUUCAUCAUGGUUGUGUUUCAUCAUGGUUGUGUUGUUUCAUCAUGGUUGUGUUGUUUCAUCAUGGUUGUGUUGUGUUUUCACUAUGGUUGUGUUUCACGAUGGUUGUGUUGUGUUUCACGAUGGUUGUGUUGUGUUUCACGAUGGUUGUGUUGUGUUUCAUCAUGGUUGUGUUUCACCAUGGUUGUGUUGUGUUUCACGAUGGUUGUGUUGUGUUUCAUCAUGGUUGUGUUGUGUUUCACUAUGGUUGUGUUGUGUUUCACUAUGGUUGUGUUGUGUUUCACUAUGGUUGUGUUGUGAUCUUUCCUCAGGGGUUACAGAAGAGAUCCCUCCCCCUGGUGCUCUGCCUCAAGGUGCAGUACUAUGUGGAGAAUGGCAGGCUCAUCUGGUGAGGCUCCAAACAUGAUUAUUUCCUAAUACUCUAAACAUACCAUCAUCCUUCAGACACAUUGCUGGAACUGAACAACAAUGCACUCGAGGUCUCCCUCCAAAAAUAGGUUUUUAAUCUCAAUGGAUUUAAUAUACCCAGCUCUGUAUCUCAAUAACUCUCUUUACCUCCUACAACUCCUUUGUUAUUAAAUCUAGUGACCGUUCUCUACCUCUCCCCCAGUGAGCGGAAGGCGAGGCGUCUGUACUACUCUGACCUGAGAGAGAGGGUGCUGCGUUCUGAGUGUCGUCAGCAGGAGGAGGUGUACUUACUUUCUUUCAAACAUUUUAUUUGAGAUUUCUUCAUCGUAUGACAAUCGCAAACAUUCAAACAUACAAUAACAUAAUGAAAUCCCAUUUUCCAGGUGUACUUCCAGCUGGCUGGGUAUGCCUUACAAGCUGACCUGGAAGACCACCCCCUACCUGGGCAGAACCAGGGAGGCACCCCCACCCCCUACUUCCAACCCAAAGAGUACUUCCCUCCCUGGGUAAGUGUGAGAGUGCGUGGGGCCUGGGGAAGUCUACGUGUUGAGAUACUGUACAUGUUCUUACAUGUGGCCACUGCCAUUCUCAGUAAAUGGUUCUACAGCGAUAUUAUCUGAAUGUGGUCUCUCUCUCUCUCCUCUCUCUCUCUCUCUCUCUCUCUCUCUCUCUCUCCCCCCCCCCUCUCUCUCUCUCUCUCUCUCUCUCUCUCUCCCCCCCCUCUCUCUCUUUGCAAAUGCUUCUGUAAAUGGUUUUACAGCAGGGGUCUCCAACAGGUAGAUUGCAGUUGUGUAAAGUAACUAAGAAAAAAUACUUCACACUUAUCUUCGGCCUAUAGAAGGUAGAGGGUUCGAGACCUGCUCCUUGCCUGUUCCAUUACAGUACAUUUAAAACCAAAUACUUUUACUCAAGUAGUAUUUUACUGGGUGACUCACUUUUACUUGAGUCAUUUUCUAUUAAGGUAUCUUUACUUUUACUCAAGUAUGACGAUUGGGUACUUUUUCCACCGCUGAUCGCGAGCUGGCAGUAGCUUGCAGCCCACCUAUGAGUAGCUCGCCAAUCAAUUCUUAAAGUACUUGCAUGUUUUCACGUGUUCCAUGCAAACUGUCAUAAACAUAAAGCUCCUGGUUACUAUCCAAUCAAAGCCACAUUGACAUUAUCCCCUCCCUGGUUAGCCACUAUUGGUUUGAAAAGCCAAACGUAACACAAUACCUGCCAAUUAAUUUCCAGCAAUAUUGCCCGUCUGUCUGUUUGGUGCACGCGUUUGUCUAUCACUCAGUAUGUAGCCAGUUAGCGACGCUAACGAUAACCGUCUUGUGGGUGGAAGGCAGAAAUACUUUCCCCAAAAACCUUCUCAAUUAAAUGUUAACUGCAAAGUAGGCUUACCUGACAGAUCUAUAUCAUGAUUAUUUGUAUGAAUUGGGUGGCCAUUGUUUUGCUAACUGUGCCAUGGGGUGUGCUGUAGCAGUAGUCCUAACAGCAGCAACAUGGCUACACUGACACAUUCCUCUCUCGCUAGAUGCACAAUUAAAGGGGAAAUACACACACAAAUCUACAUUUGUUAGUAUUUUUUUUCUGAUCUAAAAAAAAAUGGUCUUCGGAUGUGAUUUAAGCAUUGACAUGGACUCAGAGCAUUUUUGUUGUUUGUCGUUGUUUGUCUCACAAAACCAGGACAAAUAAAACGGGAGAAAACAGAAUUCCAGAAAAUACUAAAAAAUAAUUUGAUGGACCAUUAUUUUACAAGGUAUAUUGGCAGAAAACACAUCACUUGUACAUCACAGACCCGCGGAAGAGUUGCAGGGUAGAAGAGAGGAGAACAAUGUGCCUAUUUGAAAGCUAUAAAAAAUGAAGAGUAGCUCUCACGUUAGAAAAGGUUGUAGACCCCUGUUCUACAGUAAUAUUGACCCAAUGUGUUUUCUCACUCUGUCUCCAUCUUCAGAUUGUGGCGAAGCGUGGGGUGGACUACCUGCUCUGUCACGGUCCCAAGGUACACAAGGAGCUGUGGGGCAUGACGUCACGUGAUGCGAUACUCCACUUCAUCAAAGAGGCCUGUCGUCUCGAGGACGUCCCCGUCACCUUCUACAGGCUACAGAAGGUCAGUCAGAGGUCUCAUAGCAGAGUGAAGCAAUCAUUCAAAUGUCUUAAGACCCCAAAGACCAAACAGAGACAGGAGAUCAGUGGCAGGAAAACUUCCCUAAAAAGAAGAUACCUAGAGAGCAACCAGACUCAGAAGCUCAGAACACGUUGAAAUUCCAUUAGACGUCUAAACAGAGAUAUGGAGUUCCAACGUGUAGGGUACAGAGCCAUAGCAGACAUUAGACGUCUAACAGAGAUAUUUGCAUUGAUGUUUGAAUUGUCACUCUUAAACGAAUGUAUCCAGUUUAAAUAAGGUGUGUGGGGUGGGGGGGCUGCUGUAUUAGGUAACACAGAAUGUUACAGUAUAUUCGUCUACGUUCUCCGUCUCCACUCUACUCUGAGCCAAGCCCAAUGUCUGGACCCAAAUGGUACCCUAUUCCCUGUAUAGUGCACUACUUUUGACCUGAACUACAUGCGCCCUGGUCAAAAGUAGGGCACUAAAUAGGGAAUAGGGUGCCAUUUGGGAUUCAACCAAUGUUCCCAGUGGAGGGGUUAGGCUGUGAGAUUGGGUUAGGGUUAUAUAGCUGUGGGAUUGGGUUAGGGUUAUAUAGCUGUGGGAUUGGGUUAGGGUUAUAUAGCUGUGGGAUUGGGUUAGGGUUAUAUAGCUGUGGGAUUGGGUUAGGGUUAUAUAGCUGUGGGAUUGGGUUAGGGUUAUAUAGCUGUGGGAUUGGGUUAGGGUUAUAUAGCUGUGGGAUUGGGUUAGGGUUAUAUAGCUGGGGGAUUGGGUUAGGGUUAUAUAGCUGUGGGAUUGGGUUAGGGUUAUAUAGCUGUGGGAUUGGGUUAGGGUUAUAUAGCUGUGGGAUUGGGUUAGGAUUAUAUAGCUGUGAGAUUGGGUUAGGGUUAUAUAGCUGUGGUAUUGGGUUAGGGUUAUAUAGCUGUGGGAUUGGGUUAGGGUUAUAUAGCUGUGGGAUUGGGUUAGGGUUAUAUAGCUGUGGGAUUGGGUUAGGGUUAUAUAGCUGUGGGAUUGGGUUAGGGUUAUAUAGCUGUGAGAUUGGGUUAGGGUUAUAUAGCUGUGGGAUUGGGUUAGGGUUAUAUAGCUGUGGGAUUGGGUUAGGGUUAUAUAGCUGUGAGAUUGGGUUAGGGUUAUAUAGCUGUGGGAUUGGGUUAGGGUUAUAUAGCUGUGGGAUUGGGUUAGGGUUAUAUAGCUGUGAGAUUGGGUUAGGGUUAUAUAGCUGUGGGAUUGGGUUAGGGUUAUAUAGCUGUGGGAUUGGGUUAGGGUUAUAUAGCUGUGGGAUUGGUUUAGGGUUAUAUAGCUGUGGGAUUGGGUUAGGGUUAUAUAGCUGUGGGAUUGGGUUAGGGUUAUAUAGCUGUGGUAUUGCCUGUUAUCUUGUUAUCUUGGGGGGCUCAGAUGCUUGACUGACAUCUCAUCCUUCAUUCUCCUUCUUCAAUCCUUCUUUCUCUCAGGACAAGAAAGAAGAGAGAGGCACAGCUCUGCUGGGGCUGACCCUCAGAGGAAUGCAGCUUUAUCAGGUGUGUGUGUGUGUGGUUUAAUGCCGCUGUGUUUGAGGAUAUGUGUCUCAUCUGUCUACGUGUGUCAGAGUGAACCUGCCUCCUCUCAAACCAUCCCUCCUCCUCCUCCCUCCUCAUCCUCCUCCUACUAGCCCCUCUACAUCAACCAUGUGAGGAAUUUGUAGGUUAUCUAGAAACAGCAGUAAAACACGGGAUAUGGUCUGAGUCAUAAUGGUACCCUAUUCCCUACACAGUGCACUACCUUUGACCAGAGCCCUAUGGGUAGUAGUGCACUAAGUAGGGACUAGGGUGCCAUUUAGGGUCUCUGGCUCACAAACGGCGCUUGUACGCCAGUGGUCUGGGGGACCACCAUACCAAGUCAACCCACACUGUAGUCCUGGAGCGUCUGCUAAUGCAUAUUUAUUAUUAUUAUAUUAGGAAAACGGGUUGGUGUCAACCCCUCACCUUUUGAUUUGUCCUCGAGCCAUCUGGGAGGAUUAGACACACAAACACACACACACACACACACACACACACACAACACACACACACACACACUGGGAGGAUUAGUUAGGGAUCUAGGGGCCGUAGUGAUUUAGGAGGGUUAAGGUGAUUACACACCCAGUAGACCGUGAGAUACCGUGUGUGUGUGUGUGUGUGUGUGUGUGUGUGUGUGUGUGUGUGUGUGUGUGUGUGUGUGUGUGUGAUAAACACCCAGUAGACUGUGAGGACCUAUCAGAGCUCAUGGCCUCUUGGUCUUAUCUAGGUCAAGAUGGACCCACUGAAAAAGGAGAGAAACACAUGUUGGAUUGUACAUCUUCCUAUCAAGAUAAACUUUUUUACAUGAUACUGUCUGGAAUAAAGUAUGAAUCUCUCAGAAUGCUGCCAAAAGCCAACCAUUUGCCUCAACAGAAGCUCACUAUUUGGCAAACACCAAAAGGAUGAUCACCCAAUUUGACCCAAUGAGUUUGGUUCAUACUUUAAAACUGUUUAUUCAUGAUUUACUACAUAUGAACUAAUGAUUCACUAUCCAUAAGCUACUAAUAAACCCUUUAAACGGAAGUGUAACCAAUGUCUUUCCCAGUGUAAUGUGUGUGUCAUUUCCCCAGGAGGUGGACAACAUUCGGCAGCUUCUCUAUGACUUCCCCUGGUCCAACGUGGGACGACUCACCUUCCUGGUACCCUCUACUUUAUAUGCUAUUAACUUAUCUAAAGUGACUUCCUGUACAGUGAGUGCAGGUCUAUGGUGUAUAUGUAUGCAAUCCCGGCGGGAAUUGAAACCACAACCUUGGUGUUACUAGCGUCAUGCUCUUUCCAUUGUCUUUUAAAUGAAGUGGUAUUGUAAUGAUUAUUUAAUGAGGGUAUUAAUAACACUGAGCUGUGUAUGAUUCCAUCAUGUCCUCAUCUCCUCAGGGUUACAUUUUACAUUGACAUUUUAGUAAUUUAGCAGACACACUUAUCCAGAGCGACUCACAGGAGCAAUUAGGGUUAAGUGCCUUGCUCAAGGGCAUAGACAGAUCUUUCACCUAGUUAGCUUGGGGAUUCGAACCUACAACCUUUCAGUCACUGGCCCAAUGCUCUUAACCGCUAGGCUACCUGCCGCCUAGUGUUCUUACUCAAUCUACCUGGUCAAAUAAAUAAAUCAUGAUUUCAUCAUGUUGCCCUUCCUUCUCCUGUUCCUCCAGGGGAAGAAAUUUGAGAUCCAGCCAGAUGGUCUGCCGUCGGCCAGGAAGCUGGUCUACUACACAGGGUCUCCGUUCCGCUCACGCCACCUCCUCCUGCACCUCAGCAACAGCCACCGCCUUUACCUCAGUCUACAGCCUGCCCUCAAACACCUCCGACAGCUGGAGGACAGCGAGGGUGAGUGGGGAUGGAGGGGAGGAGGGAGGGAGGGAGGGAGGGAGGGAGGGAGGGAGGGAGGGGAAUGCGUUUCAGAGUGAUUAGAGAUGAGGCCUAAUGGUUAUCUAUCGAGUAGCACAAUGCUAAUAACAAAUGUUCUUGAUUGCGUUUGCAUUUUAAUCUGUUCGAAGCCAAAGUCAAAUUUCCACAAUAAAGUGUCUCUCCUCUCCUCUCCUCUCCUCUCCUCUCCUAUCCUAUCCAUGAAUGAAUGGCUGAAUUUGAACAUCCUCCUCCUCCCCUCUCUGUCCCCCCUCCAGAGAAGAAGCGCUACAGGGAGUCGUACAUCAGUGAUGACCUGGAUCUAGACCCUCCAGGGGGCAGCGAGGGGGGCAGCCCCGGCCUGUCCCGACACUCUACCUCCAGCUCGGGCAUCGAGGCAGACCGCGACGCAACAAGGCAACACAGCAGCAUCUCCAUGGAGAUGGCGUCCAUGGAGAUGGCGUCCAUGGAGAUGGCGUCCAUGGAGGAGGAGACGGGAGCGAGAAAGAGGAUGGAGAAGUGUUUCAGUUCGGCGGCGAGUCACGGGAGUUCUCACACCUCGGGCGUGGACACGGGCAGCAAAGCACGCACUGAUGAAGAGGAGUGGCAGGAGGAAGGUGAGAGAGGAGAGGAGGUUAGAGUUUAAGGUAACAGUCAAAGCGUGUGUGUGUGUGUGUGUGAGUGAAAGACAGAAAUGUGUGUAUCUGAUGUAUCUUGAUCCAUUGUCUUAGGUCAGGCGGCCUCACUCUUACGCAAUGUAGGGUAUCCAUCCACUCCACCCGGAGUGGGUGAAAACAAGCUUUUGUGAUGAAAUUUCACUUCCUGAUGUUAUAAAAUACAUUUUACCAAGACAAAUAUGAUUCUUCAUGUUCUGAAUUGUUCAGUGGGGUCUUUCUCUAACAUAUCAUUAACAUUAUACCCAAAAAGUUAGAUUUUGUGACCUAAUAGAGCCGAUAAUAAGCAGCGAGCUCUGUUGACAUAGCGGUGUAGCUUUCUCACAGAGAGUUUUGAGGAUUUUACAUCUGGUGGUUGUCUGCAAAGUUAUUUCCGCGGGUCGCGAAAAGCAAAAUUAACGUAAUGAGCUGAAAUAAAUGUAAAGUGCUCCUUUGACAUUUCACAGAGAUAUGCUUUUUUCUGAUAAAUCUUUGAAAAAGAACAGGAACUUCACAUUAAUAGUUUUAUGUCCUGCGGAUUUGAGAAGAAAGAUGACCAGUUCAAUGGUGAGCCUGUCUGUAGAGUUCAGUGGUAAGCCUGUCUGUAGAGUUCAAUGGUAAGCCUGUCUGUAGAGUUCAAUGGUAAGCCUGUCUGUAUAGUUCAAUGGUAAGCCUGUUCUGUAGAGGUUCAUGGUAAGCCUGUCUGUAGAGUUCAAUGGUAAGCCUGUCGGUAGAGUUCAAUGGUAAGCCUGUCUGUAGGAGUUCACUGGUAAGCCUGUCUGUAGAGUUCAAUGGUAAGGCCUUGUCUGUAGGGUUCACCUGGUAAGCCUGUCGGUAGAGUUCAAUGGUAAGCCUGUUCUGUCGAGUUCAGUGGAUAAGCCUGUCUGUAGAGCUUCAGUGGUCGCCUGUCUGUAGAGUUCAAUGGUAAGCUGUCUGUAGAGUUCAAUGGUAAGCCUGUCUGUAGAGUUCAAUGGGUAAGCCGGGUUCUCGUAGAGUUCAAUGGUAAGCCUGUCUGUAGAGUUCAAUGGUAAGCCUGUCUGUAGAGUUCAAUGGUAGCCUGUCUGUAGAGUUCAAUGGUAAGCCUGUCUGUAGAGUUCAAUGGUAAGCCUGUCUGUAGAGUUCAUGGUAAGCCUGUCUGUAGAGUUCAAUGGUAAGCCUGUCUGUAGAGUUCAAUGGUAAGCCUGUCUGUAGAGUUCAAUGGUAAGCCUGUCUGUAGAGUUCAAUGGUAAGCCUGUCUGUAGAGUUCAAUGGUAAGCCUGUCUGUAGAGUUCAAUGGUAAGCCUGUCUGUAGAGUUCAAUGGUAAGCCUGUCUGUAGAGUUCAAUGGUAGUUCCUGUCUGUAGAGUUCAACGGUAAGCCUGUCUGGGAGCCUUAAUUCUCUCACAGCAUCCAGCCUAGCUGACUCCAUGAUAUUCUCCUGAUUUAUGACCAUUGAUUUAGUCACCCUAAUUCUGACCAUCCUACAAGGGUAAAAACUCCAAUAAGUUUUGAACAGAUUAUGAUAGAGACGUGAGGUUUGGACCAUUGGUUUUCUUAGAGGAUUAUUAUUAUUAUUUUACCCAUUGGCAAAAGAUGCGUUUUUGAUUGGACACCCUACUAGUCACAAUCACUCCGCAGUGUAGAAAAGUGUAGAAAAUGUGUAGAAGUGUAGUGUAGAAAAUCAGUGUAGAAAAUGUAGAAAAGCAGCCAUGUCACUUGGUGAGUGUGUGUCAUCAAUUGAAAAGGAGUGGAGCAGCAGCAUGAUGAUGUCACUGUUCAGGAAUUCAGUGUUCUGGAAGUGUGUUACUAGCAUUCAUCCUCUAUCUUAUCUUCACAAAGUUGAAGUUUGAAAGAUAAAGAUUACGCAAACAUGUUUUACUCACAUCCUCCCACAGCUCACAGAAUGACCUGUUUAUGGUCUGCUGCCCUGUUACUCAAGUAAUACACACACACACACACACACACACACACACACACACACCCAUACACUACCAGUCAAGUUUGGACACACCUACUAAUUCAAGGGUUUUUCUUUAUUUGAACUGUUUUUUUACAUUGUAGAAUAAUAGUGAAGACAUCAAAACUAUGAAAUAACACAUAUGGAAUCAUGUAGUAACCAAAAAAGUGUUAAACAAAUCAAAUGAUAUUUUAUAUUUGCGAUUUUUCAAAGUAGCCAUCCUUUGCCUUGAUGACAGCUUUGCAUUCUCUCAACCAGCUUCAUGAGGUAGUCACCUAGAAUGCAUUUCAAUUAACAGGUGUGCCUUCUUAAAAGUUAAUUUGUGGACUUUCUUUCCUUCUUAAUGCGUUUGAGCCAAUCAGUUGUGUUGUGACAAGUUAGGGGGGUAUACAGAAGAUAGCCCUAUUGGGUAAAAGACCAAGUCAAUAUUAUGGCAAGAACAGCUCAAAUAAGCAAAGAGAAACGACAGUCCAUCAUUACUUUAAGACAUGAAGGUCAGUCAAUACGGAACAUUUAAAGAACUUUGAAAGUUUCUUCAAGUGCAGUCGCAAAAACCAUCAAGUGCUAUGAUGAAAUGGGCUCUCAUGAGGACUGCCACAGGAAUGGAAGACCCAGAUUUACCUCUGCUGCAGAGGAUAAGUUCAUUAGAGUUACCAGCCUCAGAAAUUACAGGCCAAAUAAGUGCUUCACAGAGUUCAAGUCACAGACACAUCUCAACAUCAACUGUUCAGAGGGGACUGUGUGAAUCAGGCCUUCAUGGUAGAAUUGCUGCAAAGAAACCACUACUAAAGGACACCAAUAAUAAGAAGAGACCUGCUUGGGCCAAGAAACCCGAGCAAUGGACAUUAGUCCGGUGGAAAUGUGUCCUUAGGUCUGGAGUCCAAAUUGGAGAUUUUUGGUUCCAACCGCCGUGUCUUUGUGAGACGCGGUGUGGGUGAACGGAUUAUCUCCGCAUGUGUAGUUCCCACCGUGAAGCAUGGAGGAGGAGGUGUUAUGGUGUGGGGGUGCUUUGCUGGUGACACUGUUUGUGAUUUAUUUAGAAUUCAAGGCACACUUAACCAGCAUGGCUACCACAACAUUCUGCAGCGAUACGCCAUCCCAUCUGGUUUGGGCUAUCAUUUGUUCUUCAACAGGACAAUAUCCCAACACACCUCCAGGCUGUGUAAGGGCUAUUUUACCAAGAAGUAGAGUAAUGGAAUGCUGCAUCAGAUGACCUGGCCUCCACAAUCCCCCGACCUCAACCCAAUUGAGAUGGUUUGGGAUGAGUCAGACGGCAGAGUGAAGGAAAAGCAGCCAACAAGUGCUCAGCAUAUGUGGGAACUCCUUCAAGACUGUUGGAAAAGCAUUCCAGGUGAAGCUGGUUGAGAGAAUGCCAAGAGUGUGCAAAGCUGUCAUCAAGGCAAAGGGUGGUUAUUUGAAGAAUCUCAAAUAUCAAAUAUAUUUGGAUUUGUUUAACACUUUUUUGGUUACUGCAUGAUUCCAUAUGUUUUAUUUCAUAGUUUUGAUGUCUUCACUAUUAUUCUACAAUGUAGAAAAUUGUAAAAAUAAAGAAAAACCCUUGAAUGAGUAGGUGUGUCCAAACUUUUGACUGGUAGUAUACACACACACAUACCUGCGGUAUGGAAUAAAUACUCCAUGUUCAGUUAACUUUGGCUACGUUCCAAUAUCCACACUAGAAUACUGCUUACAAUGCUUGCCAAAUAUAUUGCUUAAUUCUACAUGGUAUGUUAGUGUGGUUAUUCAAAUACACUUUCCAUGACAUAGAUUGACCAGGUGAAUCCAGGUGAAAGCUAUGAUCCCUUAUUGAUGUCACCUGUUAAAUCCACUUCAAUCAGUGUAGAUGAAGGGGAGGAAACAGGUUAAAGAAGGAUUUUGAAGCCUUGACAUAAUUGAGACAUGGAUUGUGUAUUUGUGCAAUUCAGAGGGUGAAUGGGCAAGACAAAAUAUUUAAGUGCCUUUGAACGGGGUAUGGUAGUCGGUACCAGGCACACCGGUUUGUGUCAAGAACUGCAACGCUGCUGGGUUUUUCACACUUAACAGUUUCCCGUAUGUAUCAAGAAUGGUCCACCACCCAAAGGACAUCCAGCCAACGGCAGGCCAGUGGCCGAAAACUGGUCAUUGAUGAAAGAGGACAAAGGAGGCCGACACAUUGUGCAGAGCAACAGCCGGGCCACAGUUAGUCAACUGACAGUCCAGUACAACAUUGGUCCCCAAAGACCCAUAAAAUAAUGCACAACUCGUCGUACCUUGACACAAAUGGGGUAUGGUAGCCGACGACCUUACAGAGUUCCACUUCUUUCAGCAAAAAACAAGAAACUACCGUUGCAUUGGGCUAAGGAAUGAAAACACUGGAGAAUUAGAAAAACAUUGCCUGGUCUGAUGAAUCCCGGUUCCUGCUGUUUCACGCUGAUGGGAGGACUAGGGAAUGGAGAAAACCACAUGUAUCCAUCAUGCUGCGUGUCAAAAUGACAGGCUGGUGGGGGUGGUGUGAUGGUGUGGGGUGUGUUUUCAUGGCACACAUUGGGCCCCUUGGUAAAAGUGGAGCGAAGUUUGAAUACUACAGAAUAUCUGAACAUCAUUGCCAAUUAAGGUGCAUUCCUUCAUGGCAGCAGUGUAUCCAUCUGCAAAUUGAUUUUUUCAGCAGGAUAAUGCCCCAUGCCACAAGGCUAGGAUUUUCCAGGAAUGGUUCCACAAACAUGACAGUGAAUUCGGCUUACUGCAGUGGCCUUCCCAGUCACCAGUUCUCAAUCCAAUUGAGCAUCUGUGGGAUGAGAUGGAACGAGUUAUUCGGAGUAGAGAUCCACUACCAGCCAACUUGACACAACUGUGGGAAGCAUUGGAGUUAACAUGAGCCAGCAUCCCUGUGGAACGCUUUCGACACCUUGUAGAGUCCAUGCCCCGACGAAUUGUGGCUGUUCUGAGGACAGAAGGGGAUGGUGGUGUAACUCAAUAUUACAAAGGUGUUCCUAAUGUUUUAUACACUCUGUGUACAUAUCACUUCAUUCUAAGUGGAAUAUUAUUGCGGACAUUGAUCGUUCAUUCAAAAGUAUUUUUCCACUAAGUAUUCUGAUUCUCCUCUUCAGAGACCCAGCAGGCCAGUGUGGACAGUCCAGGAGAGGUUUCCGUGGACGACGCAGAGGAAUUGCUGAGAUUGGCUGAGCUGAUUGAGGGCGUGUCGGUUGAUUGUCCUAUGCUCACCUCAGAGACUCAUUGUGAAGGUGAGGUUGUAAGCCACAUGAGUUCUUAUCACAUUACAUUCUAAGUAUUUUAACAACUGAGAACUUAUAGGACAUGAGAAGUGUUUUUAAAUAACAUACUACCAAAACUUGCAUUUUUCCCAUAUAUUUGUGGAAAAGUACUACUGCUACUAGUUUAACUAAUUGUACUGAAACUUUAGCAGAGAUGAGCUAUUGUUCAUAAAGAACGUUAAAAAUGUAGUCUCAUAUGCCCCCUAGUGGCAUGGGAAAUUUUAUGAUAUUAUUUCAGAUUCUUGCAUUGCUGAAAUGAAAUGUGAGUGUAAAAUGGAGUCCACGUACCUGCCUCUAGCUGACUACAGUGAUGUCAUUUUAACAGGAUUAAAGGGGGAUCAGGUAGACAGAGGUGAAGAUCUGGUGACACUACGCAGCAAAGAUACCCUGGGACAGGUAAGACUCCUAUCCUCCUCCUAUCUUCUUCUUCUUCCUCCUCCUCCUCCUUUCUCAGGAUACUCCAUGUUUUCCUCUCCUUCUAUCUCUUAUCACUUUCAUAAACGUUCUCUCUUUCUGUAUUGCAGAUCCUGAAGUCAAGAUCCCAUUGCGUGGACCGCCACAGCCAGAGUCUGGAUGACAUUCGCCUCUUCCCCCCUCCCGCCCCCCUCGGCACGACCCUCCCCACUGACUCCUCCCACAGCUACACCUUCGGCCUGCCCCUCCCGGACCCCCAGAGUAACGCUAAGAGCCCCCCAGGGUGUAACAACGGGGGCUACUACGUCCCCUUCCACUGCCCGGCUAAGGGCAGCUUCUAUGGACACAGGUCUAUGAACUGCCUCUCCCUGGAUCUACUGGGAGACGAACAGCUGUUGGAGUUUAUACUGUAGAACAACAGAGGACCAAUGUCCUUCUUCAAGUCUAUUCUCUACCUACAUCCCCCUCCAAUGAAACUGUAGGAUGCAGGGGAGUGGCUGCAUGCAGCGUGAGUUCUAACUGUAGAACAUAACGUUUUUACACUACCUGGCCAAACUGAACUGUGCUGGCCUAGUUACAUCAAGGAGCACCAAUACCUUUCUGUGAACACCAAUACCCUUUUCACACUACUGAACCAGGCCUUUCCAAACUGUACGGUGCUGGUUUGGUUACAUGAAAGAGCACCAAUAGCCUUUUCACAGUACCGGGCCGAGCCGAACUGAACUGUGCUGGCCUGGUUACAUCAAGGCGCAUGGAUGCCCCUCUUCAAGCAUGUGCUCUACUGUAUGACCCAGAUACAGGGGAGAGGCUGCACAGAGAUGUUGGACGACUUUAUGGACCUUUUCAAGAGGAGAGAAGAAGUCUGACAUUGAUUGGUAUUGGUAGCGUUCAUUGUGAAACGGAAGGAGGCCAUCGCCUUCAAUAGUCAUCCCAAUACAGAACUACUCUACAUAUUUAUUCAACAUGUUUGACACUGUUUUUGUUUUACCUUUUUUAGAGACUUUGUACAUAAUUGUCUAUUUUCUACUAUUUUACUAUAUUUUUUACUUUUAGGUACUAACACAUUGUAACCAUAUCAAUAACUGUAAAUUAUACACAGCUGUAUAGUCCUUAUGUAAAUGGGGGUGACCAUUGCAUUUCUUCUUCAGUUAGUUUCUUAAUUGGUGUGUGUGAAUCGUGGCAUAGUUUGAACAGGCAGUACCUCCAGAAUCCAAGUACUUUAUGGUCUGUUGUGAAGAACAAAGUACUUUACUGCACGUUGACAUCCUGUGUAAAUGAAAUGUAUCGUCAUUACAUUAAUAAAAAUAACCAACACCAUUUUUAAUCCUAC